UUCUUUUUUUUUUUUCUCCCCUCGAGCAUCUCUUUUCAGUGUGCGCGCGCGCCAUUAAACCAACUCCGGUCCUUGCGUCCCGUUCGUGUGCUUCGCUCCCAAGUUUCCGCGUUGGAGUAGCCCGGCGGUGGCGGCGGCCUCUCGUCAAUCGACUUUCUUAGCGAAACGCUCGUCGCUUCGGCAUCCCGCUACCCUCCAUGAAUAAUUAGCAUUCCUUGUUGCGUGGAAAUCUGCUGCGUGGAAGCUCGCACAUUCAUCAGACUCUGCCAGAGAAUCAGUCGAGGAACGUCACAGCAACAUCAAAUCUGCAACUAAACGUAGAAAAAAAUAUUCAGGAAGAUAGCAAAAUGAACGACCAACAACAACAACGUCACAAAAGCAAUAACGAUGAUCGUACAAAUUUGAUUAUCAAUUAUUUGCCACAAAGUAUGACUGAGAAGGAGCUUUAUAGUAUGUUUGUGACGAUUGGCCCCGUUGAAUCAUGUCGAGUUAUGAAAGAUUAUAAGACUGGUUAUAGUUAUGGAUUUGGCUUUGUCAACUACGCUAAAGCUGAAGAUGCAUCUACAGCUAUCAAUACAUUAAAUGGACUUCAAGUUCAAAACAAGAGAUUAAAAGUUUCCUUCGCUCGACCAUCUGGAGAAGAAAUCAAGGAAACAAAUCUUUAUGUUACGAAUUUGCCUAGAAAUAUUACGGAGAAACAGGUCGAAGACAUUUUCAGUAAAUUUGGUCGCAUUGUCCAGAAAAACAUCUUAAAAGAUAAGCUCACUGGUUUACCAAGAGGUGUGGCCUUUGUGAGGUAUGACAAACGAGAAGAGGCACAAGAUGCAAUUAAUCAACUUCAUGGUACGAUACCUGAAGGGGGUUCUGAGCCUCUUAGUGUUAAAAUAGCCGAAGAACAUGGUAAACAAAAGGCAGCUUACUAUGCUGGAUGGCAAGCUGGUUAUAACCAGAGUCGUGGUGGCGUCGGCGGCGGCGGCGGCGGCGGCGGUGGCGGCGGCGGCGGCGCGGUGGGCAGGGGCCGGGGCGGCUACGGCGGCGUGCCCCCGGGCAUCGGCAUGGGCCUCGGCGGUGGGGCCGGACUGGCGGCCGGGGGUCCGCCCGGGGCGAUGCUCGCCGGUCGGGGUGGCUUCGGCGGGCCCCGGGGCGGUGGCGCCGGCGCCGGUCAUCACGGCUUCGGGGGCGGGCCCGGGGCGGUGCGCAUGGAAAAGCUGCACCCCCACCGCUUCAAUCCUCUGGGGAUGAGCGGGGCGGCCGCGGGGGCGGCCGCGGGCGCCGCGGGAGGGGCAAACGCGCCCGGCGGCUACGCCCAGCCGCACUUCUGGUGACGACCCGCAGUCGACAAGCAGCUCGCGCCCUCGUUCAGCACCGAUCUUUAGAGAUAAAUUCCAAGAAUGUGGCAAUGUGUUCCUGUCAUACCGGCGACACGGAGGAGUCAGCGCGUCAUACUGGCGCUUCCA